CUCCAGAAAAUACACCUGUAUUUCCCUCUCUGUCUACAACAGUAACCGGCUAGCGGUCUCUCGAAUCGGCUUCUCUUCAUCAUGACAUGGACGGUGAAGAGUUGCGUGCUCCCCCUGGUGCUGCUGAGCAUGUGGUGGCUGCAGGAAGGAGCAGCAGCCUGUCUGUGUGCUGCUGUGCAUCUACAGACGGCGUAUUGCAAUGCAGACGUCGUCAUCAAGGUGACAGUUAAAGGGAAGACGAGCGGCGACUUUGGCAAGCCCACAAAGUAUGACGUCAAACUGAUCAAGACGUUCAAGGGCCCUAAAAGGAGUUUUGAUGCCAUCUACACUCCAUCUUUCCCUGCCGCAUGUGGAGUGACUCUGACCAAAGGUGUUGAUUAUCUUAUCACAGGCAAACUGGCCCCUGACGGAUCACUGCACAUCACGCUGUGUGACUUCAUUGCGCCCUGGAAGCGCCUGUGCAAGACUCAAAAGGGCAACUUGCUCAAGGGUUAUAAAAAGGGCUGCGAUUGCAAGAUCACUCGCUGCACCUCCCUCCCGUGCAAGAUCAGUAGCCGAGCGGAGUGCUCGUGGACCGACUUUGUGAUGAGGUCGGACAAUAGACAGCAGGCCAAACAUUUUGCUUGCAUCAAGAGACGUGAUGGUUCUUGUACCUGGUACAGUGGGGUUGCCUCAUCCAGAUGAGGUUUUGGGGGGCUUUAAAAAGCCUUAGCUUCAUCAUACAGGAACGCAGAUGUCCAUUUAUAAAUAAACAUUUGUAAGAAAGCAAUGCUGUUUGUGUGGUU